UCGGCUCAGCUGGCUGUGCUCGCCGCGCAGAGCAGCAGCUGACGACACACCGGCGUCGGUGCGGAGUUGCUUUGUUUACUGCAAUGUGAGUGACGGCCCGGAGUGCGGCUUCUAGCCCAAGAUGGAAACCGCGUGGUCAUCUUGAAAACUUCCGAGGCUCCGCAGUCGACCAUCAUGCUGGCACACCCGCGAUUACGGACUGUCGACGCCUUCGCAACCACCGUAACAGCAUGAAUAGUCUGGGCCUCAGCAUCCUCUUCAACAUGGGCUGUACGUGCACGAAAGAGGCUGUGUGCAUCAACGGCAAGAGAUACGUGGUCAAGAGCAGACUGGGAGAAGGGUUCGUAUGGUUUGUUUAUCUCCCACCAGCCGCAUUACUCAAGUAUAUUUGUGGCCUUUGCAGGGGCUUCAGCGUAGUCGACCUGGUGUACGACGCGACCAGCCAGCGGCUAUUCGCGCUCAAGCGCAUCCCGUGCCACACGAGAGAGUCAGAACGGGACGCCAUGCGCGAGGCCGAGCUGUACAAGUCGUUCGAUCACCCCAACCUGGUCAGAUGCGUGGACGCCGCCCUCGUUCCGUGCCACGACCUCUCCAAGCCGUUCUCCAGCGAAGUCCUCAUCCUGCUGCCUUACUUCAGAAGGGGAACGCUCCAGGACGAGCUGACGAUGCGAGCGCGGUCGAGGGAGCACAUGCCCGAGGGACGGCUGCUGGAGAUCUUCACGGGCAUGUGCCACGGCGUUCAGGCCAUCCACAGUGCCACGCCAGUCGCCCUGGCACACAGGGACCUGAAGCCUGCAAAUGUGCUGCUCAGUGACGACGACGUGCCCGUGUGGAUGGACUUCGGCAGCAUGGGAAGAGCUCGGCUUGAUAUUGGCCGUACCAGUGAGGCCAUGGCACUGCAGGACUUGGCCACCGAAAAAUGCAGCAUGUCGUACCGGGCUCCUGAACUGUUCAACGUGGAAAGCCGUACAUCAAUAGAUGAGCGAGUUGACAUAUGGUCUCUUGGCUGCUGCCUUUACGCCAUGUGCUUCUUCCGGUCCCCAUUCGAGGCUGCCCACGAGCGAGGUGACAGUGUAGCCCUGGCCGUACUCAGUGGCCACGUCGACAUUCCUUCAGACAGCCCAUACUCUGGAGGGCUUCACGGACUUAUCCGCACAAUGUUGGAAGUGGACUGCUUGCAGAGGCCCUUCAUUGAGAGCGUCUUAGAGCAAGUCACAGCCCUCUCUGCUGCGGCAAACCAUAAGGUGUGAUCUCCUGGCUGCACUCCAACAGUGGGACACUUCACGUAUCGGCUGUGCGCUUGCCACUUCUACUGCCUGGACCAGAGCGAUGGCGUGAGGUGGCUAUCGACUCUAAGAUGUCGACCCAGCGGACAGGAAGAGAUACGUGUUACUUGGGUUGGUGUGAUUGCGUGAUGCCUGGAAUAAAGAAGGCAACAAGCUGGAGAGCAAACGCAGCCCCACACGAAUGCCAGAGUGAAGGCAGUUGGGACGCUUGUACUGCUUUCAGCAGCAGCGACUGUACCCCUGUGCUCGAUGCAAAUGUGCUACCUGCAAUUGUUCUGGUGUUUUUAUUUUUUUAGUAUCGGUGUUGUGGCGUGUUGAGUUUUUGUUAUUUUGCAAGGUGUUGCUGCCUGCUUGCAUGCACGCUGCAAUGCUAUGAUCUCCCGUUGGAUGUUUUGUUUGCUAUGGAGAGACUGAAAUAAAGGGAGCCUUGUUGU